GCCCCCGCCAACUCGGCCCAAAUAUCGCGAGAGCCCGUCCCGGCGUGGCCCGUCCCGGCGUGGCUUGCCUGGCUCUCGCGAGCGCCGCGCUCUUUCUCUUCCUUCGCCGCCGCCGACAAGAUGCCUUCCCGCCUGCGGAAGACGCGGAAGCUGCGGGGACACGUUAGCCACGGCCACGGCCGCAUCGGCAAGCAUAGGAAACAUCCUGGAGGCCGUGGUAAUGCGGGUGGUAUGCACCAUCACAGGAUUAACUUUGAUAAAUAUCAUCCUGGUUACUUUGGAAAAGUAGGCAUGAGGCACUAUCACUUGAAGAAAAAUCAAAAGUUUUGUCCUACUGUCAAUUUGGAUAAACUAUGGACGCUUGUUAGUGAGCAGACUAGGCUCAAUUACGCCAAAAACCAGGCUGGACUUGCCCCAGUCAUCGAUGUUGUACGCUCAGGAUAUUACAAAGUCCUGGGCAAGGGGAAGCUGCCAAAACAGCCUGUAAUUGUGAAAGCAAAGUUUUUCAGCAGAAGAGCAGAAGAGAAAAUCAAAGAAGUUGGUGGUGCCUGUGUGCUUGUGGCAUAAAGGCCUUCAUGUUUUAUUCAACUUUUUGAAUAAAGACAAUGUGUAAAA